GGAGGUCACAGAGGUUUAGGCCCAAAAAAAAUCAGAAAGUUCUUGUAUUCUCUCUCAGGCCAGGGAGUGAUGCUGAGGAAGAGAUCCAGAGGGACAGGUUCUAGAAGCAAGCUCUAACAAUGGCGGAUUCUGCUUCUUCUCCGUUACAGUCUCCAUCUGGGAAGUAUAAAAACCCCACUUCGUCGUCGUCUUCUUUCUUCAGCUCGCCGAGACUCUUCACGAACUCCACUUCAAAAGCGUUCUUGGAAACUGAAACGAUGAUGAGCCCAACCUCCAUACUCGAUUCCAAUAAACCCUUCUCCGUCUUCAAAAACUCUUUCUGGUCUGAAACAAACAGCCCCAAAACGCCGCCGUUUUCUUCUUCUUCCGGCGAACAGCCCCGACGUUAUUGGGAUAAACUCGAUUCUAAACCAGUGGGUCUUGGCCUAGUUGAUUCUCUCAUUGACGACGAUCAAAACCCGAAUCUGUCAUCCAAACCCGAUAACCGGAUGGUCGUUUUCGGAUCCCAGCUGAAGAUUCAGAUUCCGACGAUUUUUUCUCCGUCGGAAUCGGUGAAACCGCCGGAGAAGAAAUCUGGGUUUGGAUCUGCGAGCUCGAAUUAUUCGCCUCGAGUUUUCCCAGGUUGUCUCUCCGCGAGUGAGAUCGAGAGCUCCGAGGAGUACACUCGGGUGAUUUCGCAUGGUCCGAACCCGAGAACGACUCAUAUAUUCGAUGACUUCGUCAUCGAGAGUAGCUGUUUCGACGUCGGAAUUGGGUUGUCUGUUCCAGCGACCGCGACAAAGGACAAUGGUUUUGAGUAUCCGUCGGAGAGCUUCCUUAGCUCCUGCUUUUACUGUAAGAAGAAUCUUGGCCAAGGCAAAGAUAUCUACAUGUACAGGGGUGAGAGGGGAUUUUGCAGCAGAGAAUGUCGUUACCAAGGAAUGCUGAUGGAGGAAGAAGGAAUGGAAAAAUUGGAAGCAGAGGAAUUUCCCAUAUCCUAGGUUUCUUCAAAACCCUGAAACAUCUUAGAUUAUUAUUGUACCCUGUUUGAUUACUUCUUUCUUUUUUUUUUUUUAAGGUUUUGUUUAAUUUCUGGGGACAGAAAUGAUCAGUCCCAGAAAAUCCAAUCCAUCUUUCCUGGGAACAUCAUUGUAAUAUCUGGUUGCUCUGUUUUUUUUUUCUUUGUUCUGGUGAUGAUGAGAUUGUGGAAGAACAAAGGGUUUGGGAUGGCUAAGGUAAUUAGGAGUGUUGUAAUAAAGAUAGUGUUUAAGAAGCAAUGAUUUUUGUGGGGGGGAAAAAAGAAAAGAAGAGAAAAAAUAUUGUGUUGGAUUGGUAUUGGGUUUUUGUCCGAAGUUUUUAGCUUUUUCUUAUUCCAAGUUGGCAGUGAAAACGAUGUAUGACUUGAAAAAAAAGAAGAAGAAGAAGAGAAGGAAAAGCUUCAACAUUAUCUUUGUUUUUAUUUGUUCUUGUUCUUCAAUGUACUCUCCACAUAUCAAUCAAUCAGUGCGUUGCUGCACUCUGUUUUUGUAA